UCAAGAAGACAAACCAACCGGACCCAUUCCCUUCAACAUUUUAAAUUCCUGCGUGGUCGAAAAACUCAUCAUCAAGUUCUCCCGGGGAAUCUUAGAAUAGAAAAUCUUGUUUUAAAAUCAACAAAAUUUUCUGCAAAAUAAAGAUCCAUUUUUGUAUUUAGAGGCUUUCCGAUCGAAUAUUUGCGACGGAAAUAAAGCGUCCCACAACUGUUGUUUGCAGAUGUCUAGUGAAUUGGUCGAUGGUGGCGAAAGCUCCUUUGAUGUUGAGUUGUUGGACAUUCGGGCUAGAUGCAAAGAGCUGAAGAAGGAAAAGGAGAUGUUGAAGGAUUCAAAGUCCCAGAGUUUUGAAUUCAUCAGAAGUUUAGAAAUGCACGUAAAGACAUUAUCUGAUGCCCAUGCAGAAGACAAGAAACACAUCCAGGGACUGGAAAGGGAACUGAGUAAUUGCUCCCAGGAAAUAGAUUUCCUGCAGGAUCAACUAAACACAAGAAAUUCAGAAGUAAACUGCCUUGGUGAGGAAAUAUGUAGCCUUCAAUUGAAACUUGCAGACAUGGAAAUUCUAGAAGAGGAGGUGGAAAGGCUUAGAGAGUGUGUGAAAAUAACUGAGUCCGAGAAGUCAUUCCUAAUGCACGAAAUAGAAGACAAAGCAGUUGAGCUAACAAAUUCAAAUUUGUGCAUCGAGAAGCUAGAAGAGUCGAUUUCCUCCGUUGGAUUAGAAUAUCAAUGUGAAAUAGAGACCAUGAAACUAGAUUUACUGGCCUUGGAGCAGAAUCUUUUUGAAACUAAGAAAACACUGGAAGAAAGAACUCAAGAAAAUUCUAGGAUGAAUGAAUUGAUUCAAGAACACGAGCUUCGAUUUCAGGAGGCAGAGAAGGUUAUCGUGAGCUUGGACAAGGAAAAUAAAGAUCUGAAGGAAAAGCUUAAAACAUUUGAUGAGAAUGCCAAAUCAUUUGUCCAUGAAGUGGAAGAGAAAUUUCGUGAGUGGUUGGUGAAGGAUGAUGUCCACGCCUUGAGUAAUCUAGAGAAAGAUACACGCACAUGUGGCAACAUUCUGGGUCCACUCCUUGCUAAACUUGCUAUUCCAGGAGCAUCAGAUGCAGAUUUGAAGAACAGGAUGGAUGAAAUGUUGCACCAGAUAGAUGAAUAUGAAGGUGUUGUAACUCAACUCAAGGAAGAACUAAGAAUGGAAAGGUUCAAAGCAAAAGAAGAAGCUGAAGAUUUAGCUCAGGAAAUGGCCGAGUUAAGGUAUCAAAUGACAGGCAUGCUAGAAGAAGAGCGCAAACGUCGUGCUUAUGUUGAACACAUAUCUUUACAGAGAAUAUCGGAGUUGGAGGCUCAGAUUGCAAAAGAACGGCAGAAAUCUUUCAACUCUCAAGAACUUGCAGUCAGGCAUAUUCAUGAAGUGUAAACAUGGUAUCUGAAUUUCGUCAUCUUUUCAUUGAGAUUUGUUGUCGAGGUUUGUUACGUGAUAUUUGACUUAAAGUGAUAUUUGACUUAAAGUACGCAUGUUAUUUUCCUCCUUAGCAUUAAGAACAUUAUCAUGGUAUGAAUUCUGUAGUGAUUGGAAUGCAUCAUAUUUCUGCAUAAAAAAAACUUACCGUAAUAUUUCUUACACACUCUUUUUUAGUUUGAUGCUAGGGGUUUAAAACAUGAGUGGUCAUUAAACUUCAUUAUGUUCCAAGUUGGUUUCUGAAUUGACUUAAACAUUUUUUACAAUUCGGUCAUUUCAUCUAUGCCCCUUUUUAUGAUUAGCAUAAAACCCGACGUGACAAUUUUGUUUGCAUCAUAUUUGGUAAAUAACUACACUGUCGUGCCGCUGUCCUACUAAUGAACGUAGAUGGAGUGACCAGCUUGUGAUAAAGUCAAAGUAAGAUCAACACGAAAUUCAGUUAAAAGUUUUGAGACAUUGACUUGUAAAACUACGUAAAAACAGUGUUUCUAUUCCCAUGUUGAUGCCAAUCCAAGCUAAACUAUUAAAUAACCAUUAGCAUCUUACGAACUUAUUAGGACCAUUUUUCAGCAUUUCUAUUUAAUUUUUGGCCUAUCUCAACAUGCUUAAUCAAACUUAUGUUGCUGGCGCUGUCACCUUGAUUAAAUUUCAAUGCCUUAUUAGGCAUCUCAAAUUGAUUAAUCUGACUUUUUGCCUACUCAAAUGAAAACUUCCGAAUUUCUUGGAUUAUCUGAGCAUUACAGUACUCCUAUGUUUUUUUUUUUUUUUUUUGGUUAUGCUAAGAGUAUGCUUGGAAAGUGUUUAUAAAUAGAUAGAAAUGAGUGGUGGAAAAAUGGAUAGUACUUGUGGGCCCCAUGAAAUGUGUGGAUAAAAUGGCUCGGCUGAAAGUAUUUAUAAAUACUUUCCAAACAUUGGCUAACUUAUUUAUGGUUAUGCGCAGAAUUUCUAUAGAUGAAGCGUGUGAAGCUAUGCCAAAUGUAGUUCUAAAGGAUUUUUUUCGAAGAUUUCCGUGCUACAUCAUCACCUUGUAGAUUGCAAGAAAUGUGAUAAUCUUUUGGUGAUUGAGCGAUGUUUUACCCUUUUUUACUAGGUCGUUUAUUGAAUUGUGUUGUCUUGAUCAUUUUUGGAUUAUUUUUGCGAAGAUUUCUUUCUGUAGACUGAAUUAUUGUGAUGUACAGUUAUGUAUUUUUAUUGAUAUUGAGAAGUAUCUUAUGCUGAAUA